UAUAUAUAUAUAUAUAAAUAUAAAAAGCUACGUUUUUAAGGCUACGUACAAAACCACAUUUGAACAUCGCUUAAAUCCGUUUGUAUGUUUGUUAUUGAUAUUAAUAAAUAUUUCUCGACUGAAUUUCGUUUUGGGAUACAUCAAAUUUCAUGACUUUUUUUCAUCUAUGAUAGUUCUUGACAAGUAAAAUUAAAAAAUAAUUGGUUUUAAGGUGUGGAGAUUAUUAUUUUUAAAAUUUUAUGCAUAUUUUUAUACAGUUUACUGGGACAUGCAUGUUUCAUAAUUCACUCUAUUGAGAAAUAUAAUAUAAAUUUAUUCAAAAUUUAACUCAUUAUAAUGUCAUAAAUACUUCAAUAGCUCAUUAUAAUAUUAUGAAUACUUCAAUUUCUUCAAAUUUCAUAAUUAUUAAUUUCAAAAAUUAUUGUACAUAUAAAGAAAAGUCAGAAAUCCCAUGUGAAGUUCAAACGGUUUCUCUUUUUAGUUGCUCACUUUCAUUAACUCCUAAGGUUUAUCGAUUAUCAUGGAAAGAAAAAAGCGAAUGAAACGUAAUCACACUGAAACGUAAAGGAAUAAAAAAAAAAAAAAAUGGGCAAGUUGGAAAAAAAUUUACAGAUCCCUAUGAAGUUGAGCGAUGAUAGAUCGUUUUAAUGCUUGAAGAAUGAACGAUGUAGAGAUUAUUAUAUCAUGAUUAAAUUCAUGUUUUUCGAAAUGACAAUUGAAAACGUAUCUCCGUUUAGGUUCUUUUAUUUUUUCUUUUUUCGCGAUUUGUCUUGCGGCGCUGGUAGAUUCUCUUGCUUCCGUUUGGACGCUGGUUUUGCUCCAAUGCUGCCGCCCUUCUUCCUUCUCUCUUGUCUUUCUCGCUCCUCCAACUCUUGAUUUUCACGCUCAAUCAGCGUGAUCAACGUGUUGCAUCGUCGUUGAAGUUCCAAAGCUGUACGAGACUUCACGAACCAGUCGAAACGAAAUUGUGGCGCCGAUCUGACGGUAGCACGAAGCUCCUCAUAUACAUUUUCCUUGUCAAAGCCAAGUUUAUGCAACAUACAGACGAGAAAACGAUCUUCCUCUUCCGUGUAAUUUUUCCCUUUGUUCGUCCCGUAUGCUAUCCUCAACUGAUGGAAAGGAGCACGAUACCUAGCCAUUUUCGCGUCCAAGGCUUUUUUAAUUCCAGCACGCCUCUGUAUCUUUGCUUCUCCUCGUUCGAUUUGAGCCAUCACCCUGUCUAUAUCUUGCAAUUCGUGGCAUCGCUCCCAGAAAACAGCUGAGUAUUCCAUCACUUCUUCAGGUGUUUUUCCUUCAACUUCCUUGGCAAUAUUUUCAAUAUCAUCUCGACCAUAUUUUUCGUUAGCUUUUAUGAAUUGAUUGAAAUCUCGCUUCGUCCAAUUCGUGAAUCCUUGAGUAAGCAGUUUCUCUUUUUCUGCAACCUCUUCGUCGGUCAAUGGCUGAGCUUCAUCUAUUUUACGUUGCUCUUCCUUUUGAAUUCUAGCGGCGUCUGAUCCAAGUUCUGGAUUUUUUGGAACCUUAUAACCCACUGUUUGCCGGAAAUAGUAUAUUUCUUGAUCAAGUAAUUCGAAUAGUCGUGGCGGGAAGAACUGAAAGUCUUGAACUAUCGGUUGUUUUGGAGGUCUAGGUGCUUUUGGAGCUUUUGGCUCCGAUACUCUGAGAGCUUCUCUGAAGUAAGCAUCGACAGCGUAGUUGGCUUUGCGUUCACGUUUUGGUGGCUCUAUCCAGUUUCCUAUUCCAAGAAUUUUUUGCUUCUCGCGAUAAUCCUCACCUUCGAAUUGAUAAACGGAAUCCGUGGGUGCGUCUACGGUAAAAUUCCGCAGAGAAGAUUCACCUAAACUUUCUAGUUUUUGUUUCAUCUCUUCAGUUUUGGCUUCACCUUUCUGAAGAAUAGUAUCUAUGUCCUCGUCCGUAAUGGCACUAUCUUUUGAUGCAAAUACUUCAUUUGCACCAUGCCUGAUCAUGUUCAACAUUUCGUCUUUGUUCAAUGCUGUUUGUUUUGCAUCCACUAAUCGCCCCUGUUGAAUAACUAGUUUAUCUAAACGCAAUUUAACCUCGGCACGUUCUACGAUCUUUUCCUCUACGGUGUUCUCUGUGAUAAACCUGAAUACACGGACUUGUUUUUGUUGACCUAUACGAUGGGCUCGGUCCAUCGCCUGUAAAUCCAUUUGCGGAUUCCAGUCAGAAUCGUAAAUAAUCACUACGUCUGCCGUUGCUAAAUUAAUACCUAAACCACCAGCACGAGUUGACAACAUGAAAAUAAAUUUUUCACUUCCCGGUGCAUUGUAUUCAUUGAUCUGACGCUGUCUAUCUUCGUGUGCGGUGUUUCCAUCUAAACGACAAUAUUGGAAACCCCUCCAAUGGCAGUAAUCUUCUAAAAUAUCCAACAUUCUGGUCAUUUGACUAAAUAUAAGGACACGUGAUUCUUGUUGCUGUAAUUUUGGUAAUAAUUUGUCUAAGAUUACCAUUUUGCCACAGUUAUAAACAAGAUGUUCAUCAGUUGUGUAAGGUGGUCCAGGUUCUGCGCCGUCAAACAAAUAUGGAUGAUUACAACAUUUGCGCAGUUGCAUCAAAAUAUUUUGCAAUCUCAUUUUCUCAAUCUUGCCAGCACCAUUAACUAUAUCUAUAUCUUUCAUAAGUACCUUGGUAUACCAUUCUCUUUGCAUUUUACUGAGUCCAAUGUACACUUUGAUUUCUUUCUUAGGCUUUAGUCCUUUCUCUACCUCAGAUUUCAAACGCCUCAAAAGGAAUGGUCUAAGGACAGCAUGUAAUCUUUCAACUAAUGAAUUAUCACCUAAGAAACUAUUAGUAUUAAACCAAGAGUCAAAAUCAUCUGAACUAUUAAAUACAUCUGGUAAUAAAAAGUUGAGCAAGGACCACAGUUCGUGAAGAUUAUUCUGUAAUGGUGUUCCUGUCAGCAGGAGACGAUUAGCUGUUUUAAACUCUCUCAAAAUCUCAGACAGCUUAGACUUUUCGUUCUUUAUUCUAUGAGCCUCGUCAAUUACCAUGUAGCGCCAAUUAAACUUCUUAAACACAGAUUUUUCCUUUAUAACCAUCUCGUAGGAUGUUACACAGACAUCCCAUUCGCCGGGCAUCAUAACCUCUCUGAUGAAAGUGUUCCUAGUCUCUGCAUCUCCUAUAAGGCAAACUGCCCUCAAACUUGGACACCAUUUUUUGAACUCAUUCAUCCAGUUAGCUAAUGUAGACUUGGGAACGAUGACUAUAUGUGGUCCAGGAAUGUUUCUGAAGUGUUUCAUAUAUCCCAGCAACGAAAUAGUCUGCAGUGUUUUACCAAGACCCAUCUCGUCAGCCAGGAUACCAUUAAUACCGUGCUCAUAUAAUGAUAUCAUCCAAUUUAAACCUCGUAUUUGAUAAUCUCGUAACUCACCGGACUUGAUGUAAUGUGGAGAAGAUUCGAAACGAGUGGUUGGUGCAACACUGGCGUUACUUUCAGCCAACAAUUCCUCAUCUUCUUCUUGUUCUGUCUUACGAUGCCUGUGGUCACCAGAAUCGGAUUUUACUUGAUUUUCUAUAGGCUGCUUCCUAGGCCUACCAGCUUUAAUUUUUAAGGGACUUCCAGCUUUAUCCUUCUGAUUAUUUGUCAUAAAGUGUGAAAAUAUUUCAGUCUGUUUUAAUAAAUAAUCGAAUCGUUUACUACGAUCGGUUUCGAGUUUUGUUUCAAAAUCACCACCUCGAGACGACGUGGUCUCGGCCGAAGAUCCAUUCGAAUUGUCUCCCGUAUCCCCUGUAUCUGCGUUUUCAUCUGGCUUUGACAUUUUGGAUUUAUAUAAGUUGAUUUCGAUUAAUUUAACAAGUAUACGUGCUUGAUUUAACUACGAUUAUUUGUAUUGUUACAGCCGGUCUUUACUGUGGCGUACACGAACACAUAACAUCAAGCGCCGCCAUAUUGAAUUGUAUUGUCCCUCCAAAAUCAUGAAAAUAACGCCAUCUAUAAGUAUCUGUUUACCUAUUUGAUAUUCAAGUUAAUCGUGGUACUUCAUACCAUUCUAGUACAACUCUCUUAAAGUGUUCCACUGUUUCCGUCUUCGAAAGUUUCGUUCUUAAUAUACGCGUAAUUUAUCGAAGCUUGAAAAAUUGAGAAACAUGGCCGUUGCAAAACAAUCAGUUUCAGAUCGUGAAAUUAUUGUGCCACCGAGUUUGCCGUUAAUUUUAAAGGAAUUUUGCAAGGCGGCUAUUCGAACACAACCGUACGAUCUACUUCGAUGGUCCACUACGUAUUUUCAGGCGUUAGCCGAUGGAGAAGAACCACCAACGAAAUUAAGAUUGGAGUAUCCACCGCCGAAUACCGCUUCCGGUUUAACUCUCGGUUUCCUAAGAAUUUUACUUCGACAAUUCGGCGAUUAUAAUAAAUCUUUGUCUGUGGAAACAAUUCUAAGGCGAUGGGAUUGUUUGUGCUUGGAUCGUCGGGAUCUAAAUUUAAUUUUGAUGAUCGGGAAAUUUCGACGAAAAUGCCAAGUGAAAAAAUUCCUAGCCAUUGCUGUUGGACUUUUAGGUUCCAGCCUUUGUGAAACAAUGAUUAUGAUUUGUGAGUUGUUCACUCAUGAACCUGAAGGUGGAUCUGCUAUGGUUCCAGUCACAUUCUUUCUGGAGAUAUAUGGAUAUCUAGCUGGACUUUGCUGCGACGGAAGUGAAAGAAACCCAAGCGAUGAGGAUCCGACAGAGUUCAUUAUGUGCGAUUCUGAAUAUUCGGGACAUCAGGAAUUAAAUGCAGAACAAUUUUUUAUAGAUCGUUCGGUUGCGAGUCAAGACACGGAAGCUGACAUCAAUUUAGAUUUAGAAUUAGUAUCAAGAAAGGAUACAAACUCUUCAGAAACUGGUACAACGCCGCAGUCAAGCGAAAGUGACAUUGGUCAAAAAAGAAUGAUUGAAGAUGAAGGGGAGGAAAAUGUUUCUAAUAAAGAAGCUUCAAGAAUGAAAUCUAACGAGAUCUCUGUUAUCGAUGUUGAAUCAAACAGACGAUCGAGAUCUAUUGAUGAACAAGAUUUGAAAGACGAAAAUACAUCUGCGAAAAGUAGAAGUAGCAGUAUUUCAGGAGAAAGUUGUAGUGAGAAACCGAAAAUGCAAAGUACGAAAGAUAGAGCUGAAAGAAGCAGAAAAAGGAAGACUAUAGAUCCAAAAUUACUCAAGUAUUAUCCGAAUGUCCCUGGUAAGACAGUAGAGAAGUUUUAAUUAUAUUAUAAAUCGAAAUGUAAAAUUGUUGCAGCGUAUUUAUGUUAUGCUUACGAUUAUUUAUAAGCUUGAAACUUUUUGUAAAAUUAUUUGCAAUUUUUGUUCCGAUUUUUUUUUUUUAUUAAAUAAUUCUUUGUGUGAUCAUUAGAAUAUUAAUCCCGAUAAAAUUUCCAUUAUAAUUCGAUAAUAGGUAUUGGAUCUCGUCUAUCAGCUGAAGAAGUAGCUAGUGUCGCUAUAUGGUUGAGUGAAUGCGCAAGAGUACAGGAAGGUAUGGUUGGCCCGCGAAAUCUUCGGCAUACGAAUUGUCCUCCUUUAGAUAGACAAGAGAUAUCAGAGUCUUGACAAAACGCCAUAUAAACUUAAUACAUACAAUAUUUAAUUCAUGAAAUUUUUUGUCAAAUAUUAAACAUACAACAAUAGCAAAUGCAAAUAUUAAUUACAAAAAUUAAAAAAUAGCAUUACUUAAAAAGUUCUUUUUUUUGCCUUAAUUUUAAAAUGUUUAUGUGUUCAUUUUUUAUCGAUUAAUAUUGAACGCAAGAAAAAUAGUUACAAGUACAAAUAGAAUAGAAGGUAAGAAAAAAAUAGUUACAAGUACAAAUGAACAAACAGAAAAUUGUAUAAUCAAUAAAUUAUAGCAAUAUUUAUUCACAAUUGUUUCACAUUAUUUUACAAAAUAUAAUAUUUAUUUUGUACAAUUGUAAUAUUAAACACUGACAGUAUAAAAAUCAUUUAUAUAAUUUUACACACACAUGCAUUCACGUUAUAUAGGUUACAUAUAUAUUAAAAUAUGCGACUGUUUAUUUAGAAUUUUUAAAGGAGUUUUUAAAUUUCAGCAUCUAAAUAAACAUUAAUAUGUUUCAUAAUUUAUAAAAUAUCAUUAAAUACUUUUUAUUUAGAUGAGUAUAUUUAUGUAUAUAAAUAUUUAUAUACAUGGUUCCAAAAUACAAAAUAAAUAUAGAAUUAGAAAUUAAAAAGAUAUUCAAUGAUAUUCGAUGAUAUCUUUUACUUAUUAUAAUGAUAAUGUGCUUAAUAUUUUAAUAGUAAGUACAAAUUUGGUACAUUUUACAUCUGAACAAUUGUCAACCGGAUGAGUAAAAAAAUGUAUUAUGUAUUACAAUAGAAAUAUGUAUUAAAAUAUUAUAAAUUAAUAACACCUCAAAAUUGUUAUAUAUUUUCAAAAUCUUAUAUGUAUAAUUUUUCAAAUAUUAGUGUAAUAUUGUUACGUUAUUAUACACUUAUCUUAGAAAAAAAUUUAUCAGAUCUAUCUUCUCAUUUUAUUAAAAGAGAGAGGGGCGAGAGAGAGAGGGAGAGAGAAACAAAAACAAUUAGUACUGCUUCAAUAUCACAGGAACGUUUUACUUAAUUUUAACACGAUACUAAACAUCUGUUCAUAUCUUAUUAUAUUUUAUAAAGUAUAUUCAUUUUAGUAGCAAACAUUAUUUAAAAAAAAAAUUUUUAGAAUAAACAUAGAGAUUCAUAUUUUGUUUCUUUAAAUAUUAAUUCUAAAUUGUGGAUGGACUUGUAG